GUGAGGGAGAGACAGUGAGAGCGAGAGAGCGAGGAGGGAGGCAGAGGAGGCGCGGAGCGGGCGGCGGCGGCGGCGGCCUGAGGAAGAGGAGGAGGAAGAGCAGGCGGAGACGCCGCGCCCGGAGUCGGCCGGACCGAGCCGGGGGCGGGCUAGCCCGGAGGGGCGCGGCGGCCGCGGCAGAAGGGGGGGCGCUCUGCGGAUGGCCAGGCCCGGCCCGCGGGGGGGGUGAGGUCCUCGGCCCCCCCGCCCUCCCCCCCGGCCCCCGCUCGCCCCCUCCCCGGCCCGCUCGCCCUCCGGGGCGGUGGGGCAUGGCCUGAGGGUCCCCCGUCUCCGGGGGGGUGGGGGGGGGGGGGAGGGGGGAGGGGCCGCGGGCGCCGCCGACCGGGACUCAGCAGCCCCGCCAGGCAGCCGCCUGUGAUGCUGCUGUCCCCUGUCGCCCCGUGGCCCCACGAUGACCCACAGCCCCGCGUCAAGCGAGGACGAGGAACGCCACAGUGCCAGCGAGUGUCCCGAGGGGGGCUCAGAGUCCGACAGCUCCCCAGACGGGCCCAGCAGAGGCCCCCGGGGGACCCGGGGCCAGGGCAGCGGAGCACCUGGUAGUCUGGCCUCCACCCGAGGCCUCCAGGGCCGCUCCAUGUCUGUCCCGGACGACGCCCACUUCAGCAUGAUGGUCUUCAGGAUUGGCAUCCCGGACCUGCACCAGACAAAAUGUCUGCGCUUCAACCCUGAUGCCACCAUCUGGACAGCCAAGCAGCAGGUGCUCUGCGCCCUGAGCGAGAGCCUGCAGGAUGUGCUCAACUACGGUCUGUUCCAGCCGGCCACCUCAGGCCGCGAUGCCAACUUUCUGGAGGAGGAACGGCUACUUCGGGAGUACCCCCAGUCUUUUGAGAAGGGGGUGCCCUACCUGGAGUUCCGAUACAAGACCCGGGUUUACAAACAGACCAACCUGGAUGAGAAGCAGCUGGCCAAAUUGCACACGAAGACGGGGUUGAAGAAGUUCCUGGAGUACGUGCAGCUCGGGACGUCCGACAAGGUGGCGCGGCUGCUGGACAAGGGGCUGGACCCCAAUUAUCAUGACUCGGAUUCAGGAGAGACCCCCCUGACUCUGGCUGCCCAGACGGAAGGCUCUGUAGAGGUGAUUCGAACCCUGUGCCUGGGAGGGGCCCACAUCGACUUCCGGGCCCGGGAUGGCAUGACAGCGCUGCACAAAGCUGCGUGUGCCCGUCACUGCCUCGCUCUCACGGCACUCCUGGACCUUGGGGGCUCCCCCAACUACAAGGACCGCCGAGGCCUGACCCCUCUGUUCCAUACGGCGAUGGUGGGGGGCGACCCCCGCUGCUGUGAGCUCCUCCUGUACAACAGGGCCCAGCUGGGCAUAGCUGAUGAGAAUGGCUGGCAGGAGAUUCACCAGGCCUGCCAGCGGGGUCACUCUCAGCACCUGGAACACCUGCUCUUCUACGGGGCUGAGCCCGGAGCCCAGAACGCCUCGGGGAACACGGCCUUGCACAUCUGCGCCCUCUACAAUAAGGAGACCUGCGCUCGGAUCCUCCUCUAUCGAGGAGCCAACAAGGAUGUGAAGAAUAACAAUGGACAGACCCCCUUCCAGGUGGCAGUGAUCGCUGGGAAUUUUGAACUGGGGGAACUGAUCCGAAACCACCGAGAACAGGAUGUGGUGCCCUUCCAGGAGUCCCCCAAGUACGCAGCCCGGCGACGGGGACCCCCAGGCGCAGGGCUGACGGUGCCCCCGGCGCUGCUUCGGGCCAACAGUGAUACCAGCAUGGCCCUGCCCGACUGGAUGGUGUUUGCCGCCCCGGGGACCUCAUCCUCUGGGGCUCCCGGCCCUACCUCAGGGCCCCAGGGCCAGUCGCAGCCCUCGGCCCCCAGCACCAAGCUCAGCAGUGGGACCCUCCGAAGUGCCAGCAGCCCCCGGGGCGCCCGGGCCCGCUCCCCAUCCCGCGGGAGGCACCCUGAAGAGGCCAAGAGGCAGCCCCGUGGACGGCCCAGCUCCAGCGGGACGCCCAGGGAAGGGCCGGCAGGGGGCACAGGGGGCUCGGGGGGCCCUGGGGGCUCCCUGGGCAGCCGCGGGAGGCGCAGGAAGCUCUACUCAGCAGUACCCGGACGCUCCUUCAUGGCCGUGAAGUCCUACCAGGCCCAAGCCGAGGGGGAGAUCUCCCUGAGCAAGGGGGAGAAGAUCAAAGUGCUUAGCAUCGGGGAAGGAGGCUUCUGGGAAGGCCAGGUCAAAGGUCGCGUUGGCUGGUUCCCCUCUGACUGCCUAGAAGAGGUGGCGAACCGCUCCCAGGAGGGAAAGCAAGAAAGCCGCAGUGACAAGGCAAAGAGACUCUUCCGGCAUUAUACCGUGGGCUCCUACGACAGCUUUGAUGCCCCAAGAAGCUUGAUGGAUGGGAUUGGCCCAGGGAGCGAUUACAUCAUUAAGGAGAAGACAGUCUUGCUGCAGAAGAAGGACAGUGAGGGGUUUGGGUUCGUGCUCCGGGGGGCCAAGGCGCAGACCCCCAUCGAGGAGUUCACCCCCACUCCGGCCUUCCCGGCACUGCAGUAUCUGGAGUCUGUGGACGAGGGUGGCGUGGCAUGGCGAGCUGGACUUCGGAUGGGAGACUUCCUCAUCGAGGUGAACGGGCAGAAUGUGGUGAAGGUUGGCCACCGGCAGGUGGUGAACAUGAUCCGCCAAGGGGGCAACACGCUGAUGGUCAAGGUGGUGAUGGUCACCAGGCACCCGGACAUGGAUGAGGCUGUCCAUAAGAAAGCACCCCAGCAGGCUAAGCGGCUCCCGCCCCCAGCCAUCUCUCUGCGUUCCAAGUCUAUGACCUCAGAGCUGGAGGAGAUGGUCUCCCCCUGGAAGAAGAAGAGUGAGUACGAGCAGCAGCCUGCGCCGGUGCCCAGCAUGGAGAAAAAGCGGACCGUGUAUCAGAUGGCUCUCAACAAACUGGAUGAAAUUUUGGCGGCAGCUCAGCAGACCAUCAGUGCAAGCGAGAGUCCUGGACCUGGUGGCCUUGCGUCGCUGGGCAAACACCGGCCCAAAGGCUUCUUUGCCACUGAGUCAAGCUUCGAUCCGCACCACCGCUCGCAGCCAAGUUAUGAACGUCCUUCUUACCUGCCUCCAGGACCUGGGCUUAUGCUCCGGCAAAAAUCUAUUGGGGCUGCAGAAGAUGAUAGACCCUACCUAGCACCCCCAGCCAUGAAGUUCAGCCGCAGCCUGUCUGUGCCUGGCUCGGAGGACAUCCCCCCGCCGCCCACCACGUCCCCACCGGAGCCGCCCUACAGCACACCUCCAGCCCCCUCCUCCUCUGGCCGCCUCACCCCAUCCCCCAGAGGAGGGCCCUUCAACCCCAGUUCGGGUGGCCCCCUCCCCUCCUCUUCCCCCGCAUCCUUUGAUGGACCCUCCCCUCCCGACACGCGUGUAGGGGGCCGUGAGAAGAGCCUGUACCACAGCGGGGCCCUGCCCCCCGCCCACCACCACCCGCCCCACCACCACCACCAUCACGCCCCGCCCCCCCAGCCUCAUCACCACCACGCCCACCCCCCUCAUCCCCCGGAGAUGGAGACCGGCGGCUCCCCCGACGACCCCCCACCCCGACUGGCUCUGGGGCCCCAGCCCAGCCUGCGCGGCUGGCGGGGCGGCGGGCCCAGCCCCACCCCGGGCGCCCCGUCCCCGUCGCACCACGGCAGCGGGGGCGGGGGCAUCGGCUCCUCCCAGGCCCCGGCCCUGCGCUACUUCCAGCUGCCCCCCCGGGCGGCCAGCGCGGCCAUGUACGUGCCAGCCCGCUCGGGCCGCGGGCGCAAGGGGCCCCUGGUCAAGCAGACCAAAGUCGAAGGCGAGCCUCAGAAGGGCGGAGGCCUCCCGCCCGCCCCCUCGCCCACGUCUCCGGCGUCCCCGCAGCCGCCGCCGGCCGCCCCGUCGGAGAAGAACUCCAUCCCCAUCCCCACCAUCAUCAUCAAGGCCCCGUCCACCAGUAGCAGCGGCCGCAGCAGCCAGGGCAGCAGCACCGAGGCGGAGCCCCCCACCCAGCCCGAGGCUGCGGGCGGCGGCGGCGGCGGCGGCGGCUCCUCGGCGCCGAGCCCUGCCCCGGCCAUGUCGCCGGUGCCGCCGUCGCCCUCGCCCGUGCCCACCCCCACCUCGCCCAGCGGCCCGGCCACCCUGGAUUUCACCAGCCAGUUCGGAGCGGCCCUGGUGGGGGCGGCCCGGAGGGAAGGGGGCUGGCAGAACGAAGCCCGCCGGCGAUCCACGCUCUUCCUCUCCACCGACGCGGGGGACGAGGAUGGCGGCGACAGCGGGCUGGGCCCAGGGGCGCCCCCGGGUCCCCGGCUGCGCCACUCGAAAUCCAUCGACGAAGGCAUGUUCUCCGCCGAGCCCUACCUGCGGCUGGAGUCUGCGGGCGCGGGGAGCGGCGGCGGCUACGGGGCUUACGCGGCGGGCAGCCGCGCCUACGGGGGCAGCGGGAGCAGCAGCGCCUUCACCAGCUUCCUGCCGCCCCGACCCCUGGUCCACCCGCUGACCGGCAAGGCCCUGGACCCCGCCUCCCCGCUCGGGCUGGCCCUGGCCGCCCGAGAGCGGGCGCUGAAGGAGUCCUCGGAGGGUGGUGGGCCCCCCCAGCCCCCUCCAAGGCCCCCAUCGCCCCGCUAUGAGGCCCCGCCGCCCACCCCACACCACCACUCGCCCCACGCCCACCAUGAGCCAGUGCUGCGUCUCUGGGGGGCCUCACCACCGGACCCCGCCCGCCGGGAGCUGGGGUACCGGGCAGGGCUGGGCAGCCAGGAGAAGUCCCUUCCGGCCAGCCCUCCAGCUGCGCGACGCUCCUUGCUGCACCGCUUGCCCCCCACAGCUCCGGGGGUCGGGCCCCUCCUCCUGCAGCUGGGGCCAGAGCCCCCGCCCCCGCACCCCGGGGUGAGCAAGGCGUGGAGGUCGGGGGCCCCCGAGGAGCCCGAACGGCUGCCCCUGCACGUGCGGUUCCUUGAGAACUGCCAGCCCAGGGCCAGUGGGGCGGGGGGAAGGGGACCGCCCUCGGAAGACGGGCCGGGAGUUCCGCCGCCCAGCCCACGCCGGUCCCUACCGCCCUCGCCGACCUCCCCGCGAGGCAGUGAAGAGAACGGGCUUCCCCUGCUAGUCCUGCCGCCCCCUGCUCCCUCGGUGGAUGUGGAAGACGGUGAAUUCCUCUUCGUGGAACCGCUGCCCCCGCCUCUGGAGUUCUCCAACAGCUUCGAGAAGCCAGAGUCGCCCCUCACACCCGGGCCUCCCCACCCGCUGCCGGACCCACCCACCCCAACCACCCCCUUGCCCCCCGUGCCACCACCUGCUAUUGCUGCCGCACCUCCCACCCUGGACUCCACGGCAUCCAGCCUGACUUCCUAUGACAGCGAGGUGGCCACACUGACCCAGGGGGCCCCCGUGGCUCCUGGGGACCCCCCUCCGCCAGGCCCACCGGCCCCGGCGGCCCCUGCUCCCCCGGCCCCACAGCCUGGCCCAGACCCACCGCCGGGCACAGAUUCCGGGAUCGAGGAGGUGGACAGCCGGAGCAGCAGCGACCACCCUCUGGAGACCAUCAGCAGCGCAUCCACCCUGAGCAGCCUCUCUGCCGAAGGCGGUGGCAGCGCCGGAGGUGGUGGUGGCGGCGGGGGCGGGGGCGCCAGUGUGGCCAGUGGGCCGGAGCUUCUGGACACAUACGUGGCCUACCUGGACGGCCAGGCCUUCGGGGGCAGCGGGACUCCUGGCUCACCGUAUCCCCCGCAGCUCAUGACUCCUUCUAAGCUCCGGGGCCGGGCUCUGGGGACCAGUGGAGGCCUGAGGCCCGGCCCUAGUGGGGGACUCCGGGACCCUGUCACUCCCACCAGCCCCACCGUCUCGGUGACAGGGGCUGGGACGGAUGGGCUGCUGGCCCUGAGCGGGUGCACGGGACCCUCAACGGCGGCUAUGGCCGGGGGUCCGGUGGCUAUCGAGCCGGAAGGCCCGCCGGUGCCCUUGCCAUCGGCCUCCUCUCUGCCUCGGAAGCUGUUGCCCUGGGAGGAGGGCCCGGGCCCCCCGCCACCACCCCUGCCCGGGCCCCUGGCCCAGCCUCAGGCCUCAGCCUUGGCCACAGUAAAAGCCAGCAUCAUCAGUGAACUCAGCUCCAAGCUUCAGCAAUUUGGGGGCUCCUCGGCAGCUGGUGGCGCUCUGCCCUGGGCCCGGGGAGGCAGCGGGGGAAGCGGGGACAGCCACCACGGGGGAGCCAGCUACGUCCCUGAGAGGACCGCUUCCCUGCAGCGGCAGAGACUCUCUGAAGACUCCCAGCCCUCGCUCCUCUCCAAACCCGUCAGCAGCCUGUUUCAGAACUGGCCCAAACCACCUCUGCCGCCACUCCCCACAGGAAGCGGGGUCCCCCCUUCAGCCGCCGCAGCUCCAGGGGCCACCUCACCCUCAGCCUCCUCCUCCACGUCUACCCGCCACCUCCAGGGUGUGGAGUUCGAGAUGCGGCCGCCUCUGCUCCGCCGGGCCCCCAGCCCCUCACUGCUGCCCGCCUCGGAGCACAAGGUCAGCCCUGCGCCCAGGCCCUCGUCCCUGCCCAUCCUGCCUUCCGGACCCCUGUAUCCGGGCCUCUUUGACAUCCGCAGCUCCCCAACUGGAGGGGCAGGAGGCUCAGCUGACCCUUUCGCCCCUGUCUUUGUGCCACCACACCCCGGGAUGUCCGGGGGGCUUGGUGGAGCCUUGUCAGGGGCCUCCCGCUCCCUCUCACCAACCCGCCUGCUUUCGCUGCCCCCGGACAAGCCCUUCGGCGCUAAACCUCUGGGGUUCUGGACCAAGUUCGACGUGGCUGAUUGGCUGGAGUGGCUGGGCUUGGCUGAGCACCGAGCACAGUUCCUGGACCACGAGAUCGAUGGCUCCCAUCUGCCCGCCUUGACCAAGGAGGAUUACGUCGAUCUGGGUGUGACCAGGGUGGGCCACCGCAUGAACAUCGACCGGGCUCUCAAAUUUUUCCUGGAGAGGUGAUGGCUGGCCUGGACGGACCAGCCCGUCCACAGAACCCUUGAGCCUACUGGCCUCUUGACCUCUGACCCCUGACCGUCAUUCUCUCCCCCUGGGCCAGGGACUCUGCUAGAACUGUGCCCUGCCCUCCUCUCCCAAGGCCGGAGGUCACCAGGUGGCCUGAUCCUGGCCAGACAUUUGCACCUCGCAGGAGGGGGCAGCUGACACAAGACUGUGUGUGAAGCAGGGAGCAGGGGGGAGGUGAUGGAGGAGAUCACAGAGGGGGAUGGAGAAGGAGGGAAGGGUCGGUUCUGGGUAGGGGGAAACAGACAGAGCCAUAGAGGGUCAGCCCUGAGCCUGAUUGGAUGGGGGUUGUCCCCGGCCGCAGGGGAAGGGGGUGCCCUCAGAUUCCACCACCUGCCGCCCCUCUAACAACCCUUCCCCCCCCCUCUCCAGGCCCCUGGGCUCUCCCUAUGCACCUUCCCCUCUCCCCAGCACACACAGCGGCCACCGCCCCCACCCCCUGCCCCGGCCUCUUGCACGCUCCUUUGCACGCCUGCUUGCCUCUCCUGUCCCUGGGCUACAAUUUUGCACAAAUUUGCCCUCUCGCUGUCUUGCACACUCCGCCUUGGCUUCUGGCUCGCGAGGCCCUCUCAGCGCUCAAACACGCCCUGUUUCCCUAGCACACAUUGCAUUUCUUCUCCCACAUUCCGUACCUUUACUGUCUCAAACUCUCGCCUGUGUACUCUUCCCUUGGUAUCCUCUCUUACACACCUCACUCCUGAAAAUCUCUAAACCCUUGCUGCAGACACACUUGGGACACCCUUUUCCCCACCCACUCACAAACUCUGUGCGCACAUACUUACUUAUUCUGUGGAACACACCUGCCUUUAUUCAGCUCUUGCACACUUGCUAUCCCAUGCACAGCUCCUGACACGCUUGCGCCCAUCGUCUUUAAGCAUUUCCCCUUCUUGUUCUCGAACCCCCACGUUCUGACUCUCCCCACCUCUCCCUCUCACGGUGACACUCCCACGCCCUUCCCUGCCCCUCCCCUCCUCACGCCAUCUCUUCUUACCCCACAUCUUGUACACCUGCCUCCCAGGAACUGCUUCUCUCUCAAAUGCUCGUUCCCUUCCUCUUUGCCAGGCCCCCACUCCUGUGCACCCUUCUUUUCCAAAUCUGUGUCCUGCUUCAUUCUCAGCUCUUCUGUGAACUUUCUUGCACACUCAGCUCUUGCACACACGUCCUCCCUAGCACUUCCGCUGCUCUUGAAACCAUGUUCCUUUUCUGACAAUGUUCCUGCAUACCAUGGCUUUGCCGCACACUCAUUCCUGCAUUUCUCCUUGUUCUUAUUGGCUCCUUGGUGACUGUUUCCAUCUCCCUGGGGGGGGGGGGGACUCGACUGUCUCUCUCCUUUUGCACACUUGUCUCCUUCCACACACUCUUGGGCUAUACUGUCGUUUCUUUUCCUAGCAUCCUUAUUUUUUGUGCCUGUGGAGGAACAGCUCUUGCAGACAUUCUUACCCUGCCUGUUUUCUCACCGCUUGGACACUCCUUUCUCCUGUCGAGUGAAGACCCUAUGCACACUCCCCUCUUGCUCACCAUGCCUCCACGCUUCCUCUUCUCCCUGCUCCAGUCUGUGACCCACAUCCCCCCUCCUCACUCUUCCUGGUUCUUCCUGGACCGUCUCUCCAUCCAUUUUGCACGAAGAUUCCCCCACCCCCACCCCUAACCUUUCCUUCUCUCCAAGAAACACCUUCUCCCUCCAGCAUGGCUGUUCCUUCCUGCACGCUUCCCCCCUCCCUUUAUUCCUGGGGCUUGGGAAUUUUAAGCCACCCCUUCCCCUGGGAAGCCCCCUCUCCUACUGUGGGUAAAGGGGGGAGGGCAUCGCCCUCAGGUCCCCCCAUGUUCAGCUGCCAAAGAAGGGAGCUCCCCCUCCUUUCCCCAAGCCCAUUCCCCCUCUGCUGCCCCCUACCCCCGAGGGGGGGGCGCUCCGUCCAUGGGGGGGAGGGUGCUUGCAGCCCUCUCCCCUCACCACGUCAGGGAUCUGCGGGGAACCUUGUGGGAGGGUCGUGGGAGGGGGGAGGGGUGAAAGGAGGGGGGCAGAGGUCGCGCUGGGCCCCUACCCGCCCCCUCCCCCUUGUCGGAUGCCCCCCAUCCGCAGGGGGCCUGCGCGGCGCCCGUCUAUCAAGGGCUUGUUCAUUCUGGAUGGG